GCUACAAGCUAGUCUGUGGAGAGCGCAGCUAGCUGACGCAGCAGCAUCUAGCAACAGCGGUGGGGUCUAGUUAGCGGUUAGUAGGAACUGGGUGUGAGUGUCUGUAAGCCUUCGGUGAUUAUUAUUUACAAUGAAAAAAUUAAAAAGGCCCAGAUCCUGACGUCCGCAUUGUGGUCAAUGACGGUCUGUCGCGGCGUUGGUGACUGACAUGGACGCUAGUGACAAUAAGGAUGUGAAGCUUUCGGCCGAAGUGGAACCGUUCAUCCCACAGAAGAAAGGUCUUGAAGGAUCCCUAGUCAGCAUGAGUCUUUCUGGAGAGGCAGGAGGAGGAGGGGGAGGUAUAGGGGCAGGCAAUGGAGCGGUGGAAACCACUCCCAUACCCAGCUACCUCAUCACCUGCUACCCUUUCGUCCAGGAGAACCAACCCAACAGACAACAUCCUAUGUACAAUGGAGGGGAGCUGCGCUGGCAGCAGCCUAACCCUAGCCCUGGUGGUUCAUACCUGGCCUACCCCAUCUUGUCUUCCCCCCAGCCUCCUGUCUCCAAUGACUAUGCUUACUACCAGAUUAUGCCUGCUCCAUGCCCACCUGUGAUGGGCUUCUAUCAGCCCUUCCCUGGCACCUAUGCAGGUCCUGUGCAAGCUGGAGUGGUCAACCCUGUCUCAGCAGAUGUCAGUGAUAGACCGCUACCUCUGGGGCCAGCAUAUGGGAUGGCCAGUCAGAGGGGGAGAGGCAUGGCCCGCCCUAAUGUCCUCCCAAAGCAACAGUUGGGUGUGUGCCAGCCUCCAAGGGGUCGCCGGCCUCCUACCAGGAGUGUAGCUGUCCAGAAGGAGGUGUGCACCUUGGGGCCUGAUGGUAGGACCAAGACAGUCAUGCUGGUGGAUGCAGCACAGCAGACGGAUUUCCCUGGCGAGGUGUCUGGGCGGAGUGCUGCUGAGCAGGCUAGUCCCCUGCUAUGGAAGAACCGAACAAAGAGAAGACGGGCGUCCCAUCCGGGUGAAAUCUACAAUGAGCAGGGCGCCAGCGAGGCGGAUAUAGACAGUGACAGCGGCUACUGCAGCCCAAAACACAACCAGGUGGCAGGGGUAACACAGCGAACCGCAGAGAAUACAGCAGCACCAACAGGAGUAGAGGCUGGUGUAAUGACCGCAGGUACCUGGGUAAAUGUAGCCUCUCAGGCUACCCCGAAGUCCUGGGGGGACAGAAACGGCCAGUUUCACAGAGCAGACCAGAGGAAGAAUCCUGAACAGAGGAACUUUUCACAGGAUUUCCACAGUGGCUAUACAGGGCGUGUGCCGCCCAACCAGUCAGAACAAAGGCUACAGCCAGCAGUGGUCAGUGGCACUGAGCUCACUCCAGAGCCCCUCUACUUUGAGGAUGAAGAUGAGUUUCCAGAUCUGGCUACUGGAGGGGCUGUCCAACGCAACACCAAACCAGAAUCGACUCCAGCCCAGACGCACACGCAACCUAAACUGCCCAAAAACCUGCUGGAUAACCUACCAGAAAACUCCCCUAUCAACAUUGUGCAGACACCUAUCCCCAUUACCACCUCUGUUCCCAAGAGGGCCAAGAGCCAGAGGAAGAAGGCUCUGGCAGCUGCCUUGGCCACUGCACAGGAGUACUCUGAAAUCAGCAUGGAACAGAAGAAAUUACAGGAGGCAUUCACCAAAGCAGCAGGGAAGAAGAGUAAAACCUCUGUCGAGCUGGACCUGGGAGACAUGCUGGCAGCUCUGGAGAAACAUCAGCAGGCUAUGAAGGCCAGACAACUCAACAAUACUAAGCCACUUUCUUUUACAGUUGGAACAACCACUCCGUUCCAUGUUUCAGCCUCGACCAGUGUGCCGUCCAUGUUGAAGGGUCAUCAGCAGCCGUACUCUGCCCCACAUAACUCCCUUGAUUCCACUGCACCGCGCAUCAAGCGAGGGAAGGAGAGAGAGAUCCCCAAAGUAAAACGGCCAACAGCGCUGAAGAAGAUUAUCUUGAAGGAACGUGAGGGGAAGAAGGGGAAGGUGAGUGUAGAACAGGAGUCUUCAGGCCAGGAGGAGCAUGGGGAGGAGUGUCUGCAAUUUACUGAUGAUCUUGCACGAGAGCCUGCCUCCCAAGAAGACAAUGGUCUGAGUAUGCCCAGUGAUGCAUCUCUCUCCCCGGCCAGUCAGAACUCUCCAUACAGCAUCACCCCAGUGUCCCAAGGUUCUCCUGCCAGCUCUGGCAUUGGGAGUCCCAUGGCUUCAAAUGCCAUCACCAAGAUCCACAGCCGACGAUUCCGAGAGUACUGUAACCAGGUGCUGAGUAAGGAGAUCGACGAGAGCGUGACUCUGCUGUUGCAGGAACUGGUUCGCUUCCAGGAGCGGGUCUACCAGAAGGAUCCUACCAAGGCCAAAUCCAAACGUCGCCUGGUCAUGGGACUCAGAGAGGUCACCAAGCACAUGAAGUUGCAUAAGAUUAAGUGUGUUAUCAUCUCUCCCAACUGUGAGAAGAUCCAGGCCAAAGGCGGUUUGGAUGAAGCUUUAUAUAAUGUAAUUGCCAUGGCCCGGGAGCAGGAGAUCCCGUUCGUGUUUGCCUUGGGCAGAAAAGCUCUUGGACGCUGCGUCAACAAGCUAGUGCCUGUUAGCGUGGUUGGCAUUUUCAACUAUUCUGGAGCUGAGGGUCUCUUCAACCGACUGGUGUCUCUGACAGAAGAGGCUAGGAAGGCCUACAAGGAUAUGGUGUCAGCUCUGGAGCAGGAGCAGGCCGAGGAGGCUCUGAAAAACGACAAGAAAGUCCCACACCACAUGGGGCAUUCCCGCAACCACUCUGCUGCGUCUGCUAUCUCCUUUUGCUCCAUCUUCUCUGAGCCUAUCUCAGAGGUCAAUGAAAAGGAGUAUGAGACUAACUGGAGGAGUAUGGUGGAGACUUCAGAUGCCCUGGAGCCUGUAGAGGCUGAGCCGAGUCGCCCUGCACCUUCCACAGCCCCCCAGAGGGACAGUGAGGCUCUGCCAGCCGCCCCCAGCACCGCCCCUCCAGGCCCCGCAGCUCCCCAGCCCAGGGCAGGGCCUCUGACACAGGGUACCGGAGAGAGAGACGAGGUCCGGGCAGACGACCGGCUGGAGCUGGCCUCUCAGCAGAGCACAGAGACGGGCUCGCUGGACGGGAGCUGCAGGGGCCCGCUGAACUCCUCCAUCACCUCCACCACUUCCACCCUGGUCCCCGGGAUGUUGGAAGAGGCAGAGGAGGAAGAGGAGGAGGAGGAGGACUACACUCCUGAACCUAUUUCUGUGGAGGUGCCCACCCUCAGCAGCCGCAUCGAAUCCUGGGUGUCAAAGACCCUGGAAAACCUGCAGCUGGGAAAGAGCCAGGAGAGCACGGAAGAGGAGGAGGAAGAGGAAGACGACGAAGAGGAGAGGGGGCAGAGUGAGGACGAGGAGGACCUCGAUUCAGCAGACAUCACAGAGACGGUGGCAGAGGUCAAAGAGCAAGUGGAGGCCAAGAAGGUCACGGGUUGAUGUGGCCUCUGUUCUUACAUACUUUCAUACACUCAUUCCCUCUGUCCUCACACAUCCUUCUUCACAGCAGCCAGCAGCUUUUCUCCUUUGUCUCUAACCCCUGACACCAGACAUAAUCUCAGGUAUCAACCAACUGACCAAGGCACACACACACACACACACUCACACACACAGCAUUAACACAAUACAGAGAAACUGACCAACUCACAAAUACACAGGGUUGCAGACCAAACGACAACUAACAGUCUGAGUGAGGGAUUACUAAUUGACACCAACACUUCUUAAAAAAAAAGGAAAAAAUACUCAUCUUGUAGUUAAAAAGGAUGCCCUCACUUCUUCUGCCCAUAACCUGCUACACUUGAAUUCAGAGGGAAGUCUUUGGUUUUCCUCCUCCGAAGCUGAACUCUUCUGGAGUCAGGAACGUUUCUGGGAGCAAGUGAUGAGCGCUAAAAGAAAAAAAUAAAUGUUGAACUGCUGUCUGUAGCUCACAGAGGAGGAAGGUUGGAACCUUUCAGCUCCCAUCUUACUUUACACAGAGCCCAGAAGGUUUACAGCUCUGCAAGUAUUUGUAUGCGUGUGUGUGUGUUUUGCAGGCACAUAGGUUGCAUUUAUUUUGCUGUGUUCAUUAGCUUUAUCUUUGUAAAUAAUGCGUGUAUGUGUGUGUGUGUGCGUGUAUUUUUCACCUGACUGCUCCAUGAGGAAAGGAGUGACAUGCAUUUCUUAAUUACUGCUUAGUUGGUGUUUAGCUUCCCUCACAGAUAUUACAGUGUCAGGGGUUCUGUCUUUCUACCAAAACCACUCCCACUCGUCAGUCUUCAGAAAGUGUUUUUUAAUGUUCAGAUAAUAAGUGACCCACUCUGUGUUCAGAUGAUUCAACCGACUUAACUUCUAAGAAGCAAAACAAGCUUUGUGUAUAUAACCUUGUGUAUGUGGUUCUACUACAGUAUAUAAUGGUUUGUCAUAUUGAUCUUGCCUCGUGUGAAACUGUUUGGGGGUUAUUCUCCUCUGACUGGAAUUGUCUCAAGCUCCCGGAUGCUGUCUGUGCUUCAUAAAAAAAAAAAGUGCUCCUGUUUUGUUCUCUCUGCUGGUGUUUGCCGUUUGAUGGGGGGGCUCUCGAACUGUCUCUCACUUGUAAUGACCUUGCGCCAUUUUUAGACGCCGUUGUAUCAUCAACACUUUUUAAAUCCUUCCAUCCAGACAGGUAUUUCAUGUUUUGGUAAAAAAAAAAAAAAAAAAGCAGUUGGACUCUGUUUCCUUUAAAUAUUUCUGCUUAAAUUAACCAAUAGGAAAAGCAGGUGCUUACUGGUAUUAAUGAGGUUUAACAAUUCCCAGGUUUACAGUGCUUACAAUUAAUUCCUGUAGAUCUCCUCUAGAUUUUCUAGACAGAUUGUGUGAGCUCCAGCUACAACCGCUAGCCUAAAGUCAGUCCCCCACGGCGGAGGAGCUCCAUCACUGGGGCAGAGUCGCCAGUGGAAGUCAAACAAGUUGUCACAAAGUCAUGCACAUACUAACGAUGAACCCUUGUAAAUACAAGUGUACAAAAGAGAUUUUGAUUUUGCAUUGUAUUAAAAAAUACAAUCAUCCUUUUCUUAAAGCCAUUUGAUAGUUUUAACAUUUAAACAGUUGGAAUCCAAUUUGAUAAUGGUAUUUGAUAGUGAAACAUGGUGAGAUUUCAGCCAGUCGAUGGUGGCGCGGUGUGUAAAUGCAGUAUGUCGGGCUGUAUGCAAUGUGAAGCCCUGGGAUGGGAGAUGACGCUGUACUAAAUAUCAUACUUGGGAUUCUGAAAGUAUUUCUAGUUUGAUGAAAGUUAUGCUGUGUGCAGGUUUCUUAUUGCUCCGACUUCCAUCAAAGUGUCUGAAGUAUGUUAAUUGACCGCAAGUGUGUUUUUGCACUAUGUAAAUACGUACUGGUAAAGGUCUUGUAACUAAUGUGAACAAAAAACAAAAACAAAACAAAAAAACGGUUCAAUGAAGUACUUUUUUCAGCGUGUUCCUCGUCUUUAUAUGGAUAUUUAAGGCCGUCUCCUUCAGACUGUACAUCACUAGCAACAUUGUUAGAGGCUGUUUCUCAUAAUCAUAUUAUCUCUUAACCUAUAUGGACUGAUGAUUAACAUCAUUAAAAUGUUGUUUAUGUAAAUCGUUUGCCUGCUGCCUCAUCUUAUGUCCACUGGUGCCU